AUGCCACAAGCUAGUUUUCAAGAAAAAAAUUCCUUUCAAUCUUGUCCACUCAGCUCCAAGUCCCAGACACUGAAACGCAAACGGAAAAAUACGGAACCUUCAGAAGACGCUGAAAAUAUUUACCCACCAACAAAACAGCAACUAACAGUGUCACCAAGCACUUGUCUCGAGACGUGCAAUGAUGUAUACACAAUUGAGGAAGUGAAAACACCUCAGCAUCAAAUAUCCGAAGAAACAGAACGACGAGAGCCAUCGACAUGGUCAGAGCUUCGCACAUCCACGUGUUUCAUGACUCCAUCGACCUCGACCGCCGGAAAGCACAAUCCGCUGCCGACAUUUCCUUGGGCCGAUGGUACACAAGUGUGGUCAAUGCUCUGCUUAGGGGAUCAAAAAGCAUUGACCCAGAGAGAUCCACAAAUGUUUGAGAGGCAUCCGACGCUGGAGCCACGGAUGCGAGCCAUUUUACUCGAUUGGCUGAUUGAAGUUUGUGAAGUUUACAAACUACAUAGAGAGACUUAUUAUCUUGGUAUGGAUUACGUCGACAGAUAUCUUUCGACACAUCAAAAUAUACCAAAAAGCCAAUUACAGCUUAUUGGUAUCACGUGCUUAUUUAUAGCAGCAAAGGUAGAAGAAAUAUAUCCGCCUAAAAUCGCAGAGUUUGCAUAUGUAACAGAUGGAGCUUGUGCUGAAGAUGAAAUCCUUAGAAAAGAGUUGGUUAUUUUAAAAGGACUCGGAUGGAAUUUAUCUCCAGUUACACCAACAGGCUGGUUAAAUGUUUACAUGCAACUAGAGUCUGGUGAUUGGGAGCGACCAAAUGCAUUCAUUUACCCUCAGUACAGUGGUCUUCAAUAUUCUCAAGCGGCGCAACUUUUAGAUCUUUCGACACUUGAUGGAGGGAGCCUUAAAUUUCCGUACAGUCACAUGGCUGCUGCGGCUGUUUAUUACACGCUGGGAAGAGAGUGUGCAUUGAGAGUAUCAAGACUUACCUGGGAACAGUUGAGCCCCUGUGUUAAAUGGAUGGCACCAUUUGCGUCUACUGUCACUGAGGAAGGCUCGCAAUUGUUAUUACGGUCAGUUGUUGUUCCGCCUGUUGAAACACAUGCUGGAUCAGGAUUGAGGGCUACUGUACCUAAUAUUGUUCUGGACGAAAGUCAUAGGUUACAAACUCAUGUUGUUGACUUGAGUAUGCUAGAAAAAGCACAACAAUUGUACGAAAGCAAUGAAUUAUCUCUGGUUGAAAGUUUUGAUCAGAAUUCAAGCUUAGGAACACCCGAGAGUCCUGAUCAAAGUGGAAUUUUAACUCCACCGUCAAGUAGUCAGAAAAACUCACCAACACCCUCACGGUUACCUCCUCAACUUGAACCUUAUACGUAG